GGGCGCGGGUUGCGGCGGGCCGGUUUGAGGCGCGCACCGCGCGGCACGGCGCCGGCAUGAGGGAGCUGCCGCCGGGCCCGGGGAUGGAGAGCGACAUCUUGGACGCGCUGGAGGCCUUGGGGUACACGGGUGCCCUGUUGGAGGAGGAGGCCCUGACUAAAGCAGCAGAAAAUGGAUUGUCUUCACCAGAAUUUUUUGAGCUUUGCGUUUGGUUAGGUUCCCAAAUCAAGUCACUUUGUAAUAUGGAAGAAAGCAUCACUGCAACAGAUGGUGUAAAAGACGUAGAGAGCUUCCAGCUUGAGAUCAGUGGUUUUCUGAGAGAAAUGGCUUGUCCAUAUUUGUCACUAGUAUCUGGAGACAUCAAAGACAGAUUAAGAGAGAAAGAAGAUUGUCUUAAACUCCUGUUAUUUCUAAGUACAGAACUUCAGGCUUUAAAGAUUCUACACAGCAAGAAAAUUAAAGGCUCCCAUUCAGAAAAGCACAAUGAAAUUAUUCAGGAAGUGCAAGCUAUUUGUGAUGCACUGAAUCUGCCAAACUCCUCAUCUUCUGGUAUUCCUCCCUUGCUAACCAGUGUGGAACAAAAGAUAAAGGACAUUCUCUCAAAAGUUAAAAAUAACCAUGUGGGAAAAUCACUGCUGACAAAUCCUUUGAACUCUGACCAAGUGGAAAGAUUGGAAAAAAUCAAUGAUGCUCUCUGUAGUGAGUAUGAGUGUCGACGGCGGAUGUUAAUGAAGAGGCUCGAUGUGACUGUUCAGUCUUUUGGCUGGUCUGAUAGAGCAAAGGUAAAGACAGAUGAAAUAGCGCGAAUCUAUCAGCCCAAGCGCUAUGCGUUGUCUCCAAAGUCGACCAUUUCAUUAGCUCACCUUCUUGCUGCUCGCCAGGAUUUAUCCAAGAUCAUAAGAACAAGCAGUGGAUCAACACGGGAGAAAACUGCCUGUGCUAUCAACAAGGUUCUGAUGGGGAGAGUCCCUGACCGUGGAGGCAGACCAACAGAGAUUGAACCACCUCCUCCCGAAAUGCCUCCAUGGCAAAAAAGACAAGAAGGUGGUGGAAGAGGUGGCUGGGGAGGUGGUGGUGGUGGAAGGGGCAACUGGGGAGGUGGAGGGGGUAGAGGAGGAGGAGGUGGAGGUUUCAGAGGUGGUGGAAGAGGUGGGGGUGGCUACCAGGGUGGGGGUGGCUACCAGGGUGGGGGUGGCUACCAAGGUGGGGGUGGCUACCAAGGUGGAGGUGGCUACCAAGGUGGAGGUGGCUUCCAAGGUGGUAGGGGAGGAUAUGGUGGCAGGGGAGGCUAUAAUGAUCCAUAUGGUGGAAGAGGAGGGGGAGGAUACCGAAGAUACUGAAGUACUGUAAAUCUUAAGAGUAACUGGCAAAAUAUAGUGGUGGUGUUUACUGGCAUUAGGAAUUUAGAUAUAUUGACUUGGGUUUAGAUUAGAAUUAAGUAUGAGACCAUAUGAAUCAUUUCAUUAGACCAACUGAUGUUCUCACUGAGUUCUUUUAGUUAACUGAACAGAACUUUUAUACUAAAAUCUGAUGACUAAAGUCCUUGUUUUUCGUACUGCUUAUAUGGUGUUUUUUAUUAUGUCAUUUUAUUUAAAAUAAGUCUCUGCUGAAUAAAACCCUUUCUAAACAAACAAAAAUAUAUGAAUGGUCAGACCUCUCUAAUUAUUCAUGUAGCAUGUCUACUCUCCUGCUCCAAAAUGUUAUGUAGAAAAAGCAAAGUAGGCCUAAGAACUAAAUGAAACCACUUUUAAAAGAAUGCUGCUUUCAGGCUUUUUCUCUUCAUCUCUUAGUUCUUCAUGUACAGUUUUSAUGUGGGUCAUGUGAGUGAGUUUUAAUUUCAAAUGUUAAAAUCCUUAAGGCUUUGGUCAAAAUUAUUCAAUUAGAUUAAAUUAUUUUUGCAGAACUUCACAUUAAAGUAACAUUGUGAAUUAGUACUCUACACAAAUUAAAUAAGGUUGUUUUUGUGUUCAUGAGGUAUCAGACACUAAAGAUCAGAGUGUGUACUGUAAACUCAGAAUCAUAGUGAGUUUUGGCAGCAUCUUAUUUUCGUUUUAUACAUUUACCAUUUUUGGUGUUUCAUAAGAAUAUUUGAAGCUCAGAUGGGGCAGGAAACCUGAAGCUAUUAUGUCUGGUAAGAAUUCAUAUAUAUCCUUGUGAAUCAGCCAUGAGACAAAGUUUGAAUAAGCUGAGCUCUGUAAGAAAGAACAUGACAUUUCUUCUCCCCUUUACUUCUUCCCCCUUUUUUAUAUUUUCCCCCUUCUCCCCUGCCUGCUCUGUGUUUGGGAGUCACCAGCUGCCUAGUUAGUAAGACACCUCAUACAGCAGUUGCCUUUCCUCAGUGAUUUCUGUCUCUCCUACUCUGCCACUCUAAAAGAAGCCCUGUCUUUAUGGUGUGGGUGCUUUCUCCCUCACAUACACCGUUACUCUUGGAGUUAGUUGUCAUGCAAUUAUGUCUGUAAAUACAUGUAGACAGAAAUUAGAGUAGUCAAAGAAGACAGUUUCUCCUACCCUGUAUCUUUUAGAUCUCCCAUGCUGUGAGGCUGUUCCUGAGAACAGAGGUGGAACAGGGGGUGAUGUCUGACAGCGUGUCAGUCAUGACAGCAUUUAUCAGGGUCAGGUUACUACAGAGAGAUUCAGGCAGGCAUCUGAUUAACCUGGUGUGUCUGUUGAUUAGCACACCAGCCUUGAAACACUUGUAACUGUAGGCUUAACUGCAGGUUGAACUUUAGGAUUUGAUUUUGAAUUUAUGUUCCUCAGCUACAAGUUCCUUCUGCACAAAUUAGCUAUUGGUGUCCAUUGGUAACCUUUAAAGAUGUUUUUUUACGUUCAUAAACAUACGUAACRUCCUAUUCCAUUGGCGAUUUCAUGCAUUAAUGUAAAGCUCUGUUCAAAAACGAAUUUCGAUCUUUAAAAAGUUUUUUGCCUGUUAUUUCCUCUCUCAUCAGUUCCCUUGAGAAUGCUGCUUCUGCUGUAAUAGGUACAGCUUUAUCCAGGCUUUAGGGUCCYACCAGGUGCCUGACAAAAAGGCAGUUUUCCUGGCUUGAACAYGUUAGCUGGGAUGUGAACUUUUGGAAUAAUGGCUUAAUGUCACCCAACUGCUAGCACUGUAUUUCCUUUGCCAGAUUUUUUCUAUGCUCCUUACUGGCUUAAGCCCUCGGCAGCCUCUGCAGUCUGCAUGGAGGGACUGUCAUGGGUCACAUGGGAGCAAAGAAUAGUUCACAAAUUGAUGACAUACCAAGUGGGACUGCUGGCCUUGGAGUGAAGUGUUGGUUAGUUUUUAACAACCAAAGCCUUAAGAUAAAAUUCUGUUUGCUCAUCCCAAYGUUACUUUUUCUACAAGUAAUCAGCCAUCAAGCAUGUGGCUUCAUCAUGGAAAUAACUCUGGAAACAAACAACUUACCUAUGCCUAAAGGUUUCAUUAGUCUUAGGCUGCAAGGUUGCACGAUUUAGUUGGAUUGUUGUAGCUGCAGAUGUGGAUGUGCCUUGGUGUUUUUACACUCAUCAGUCCAUCCUGUUURUAGUAGGCAGGAGAGUUCUGAAUUCAGUAAAUCAAGUGAAGCAAGUACAUGCCCACUUCAAUUCUAACAAUUAUUUGAGUAUUAUAUUUCAAUUUUAUGUUUGUAGACCAUGUAAAAUAUGGAAAUUUGAAUAGGUUGGAGAUUUUCUUUUUUAAUAUGGCCCCUUCAGUUUUUAAGUAAUUUCAAAAUGUGAAGCCAGUAGUUGAAAACUAAAGUAAGCAUCACCAUAUUUCAUGGAGGUACUCUUUGCUGUCCUCUUGUCAGACUAUGCUUUUAAUUUCUCAAACAAUGCAAUAACACCAUGAGAGUGACUAAUUUAAAGUUCAAGUUUUGUUUGUUUUGAAAAAACACAUUUUCAAAAAUUCUGUUGUAAGUAAAAGAUUUUYAUAUAUGUAUUUGUGAGCAUUUUUGUGUUUAUUCGCACCUAAAUGAAUAUUGUUUUGUUAAGAACUGAAAAAAAAGGUAAGGGAUGUUUUUCAGGAAUGGAGAGAGACACUUUUGUUAACAGCUGUAAACACUGAGGAAUAAAGUACUGUAUUUGAAAUUAUUUUCAUCACCUGUGUAUUGU